AUGCCACCUCCAACACCACUCGCCCUCCUCCCCCGCCUCCUCUCCCCCAUCGCCCUCUUCAUCGCUGCCUCAAACGCAUACUCCUUCGUCUUCAACGACCAGCCAAAGCAAUGCCAGAACCUCUCCCUCAGCAUAACAGGCAAUGGCGGCCAACCUCCAUACAGAGUCGUCAUCAUACCCUUCGGCCCAUCCCCACUCCCCAACAACGUCGAGGUCCGCACCAUCCAGGACAGGGCCUUCGACGGCGACUCUACCUCAAUAUCCUUCCAGCUCGCCUACCCCCAGAAUUCUCAGUUUGUCGCCGUGGUCAGCGAUAGCAGCGGCUUCGGCAGCGGUGGCACGAGCGUUGCCGCGACCGUGCUCGGCAGCUCCGACUCGAGCUGCUUCAACGCCACCAAUAUGGUCCAGCCAGCAUUCAGCUUCUCCAUCGACCCGCCCAACCAGCUCGUGCAGUGCAACGCUUCGCGGCUAUACUGGUUCGACGGUGUGCAAGGAACUCCACAGUUCCAGGGUGUAAUCCCAGGCGGCAACUCGUUCUCCAUCCCCAUCGGCCAGACGUCACAACAACCGAACGAGGGCACAGGCUUCCAGUGGGUCCCGCCUCUGCGCUCGGGCACGACCAUGCUCCUCGUCGCGGGCGACCAGCGCGGCAUCGGGUCCGGCGGCAGCGAGCAGUACGGUGUCGCCGCCGGCCAAUUCCCCUCGUCGAGCUGCCUCAACUCGACCUCGCCAUCUUCGACGCCUGGUUCGCCCGCUGGUGGCAGCUACCCGACCAAUGCAGAUGGGUCUUCGACAACGGGUGGAAGCGGUGGGGGCAGCUCACCGAACAUAGGCGCCAUCGUCGGCGGCACAAUCGGCGGCGUCGCAGCCAUCGCCAUCCUCGCCCUCCUCGCGUUCUUCCUCAUCCGGCGACGCACCGCCAAAGCCGUGUCCGCGGGGCACGCGCGCCCCGUCGACCUGCUGCACGGCGAGCGCGAGGCCGACGAGCGCGACGGCCUCGCCCGCGGCGACAGCGCCGACGGCGCCGCGGACCACUUUUACCGCCCCGAGCCGUUCCUCGCCGCUGCGCCCUCGACUGUUGCCGGCGGGGCGGGCGGGGCGGGGGACGACGCGCGGUCGCAUCGCUCGUCGCACUAUAUCUCGGAAGUCGGUGGAGCGCGCGCGGGGACGCCGACGGAGAGCGGGUACGGGUACGGUGUCGGUGCCGGUGCGAGUGCUGCAGGGCACGGGCACGGUGGGGACGCGCCGGCGCCGAGCGGAUCGACGGUGGUGAGCAGCUCGCGCAAGAGCGCGGCGGGCAUGCGGCAGCUGCGGCCUGUGAAUAUUAUUCAGCACGACGAUGCGGGCGUGGUGCCGGCGGAGGAGGACGAGCACGGGGAGGGGGAGGAGGAGCCCGAGACGGUCGAGCUGCCGCCGGCGUAUACGAAUAUCCGGCGGGAGUGAGCGUGGGGCUGGCGACUUGGACUUGUGUUCGUUGUGGUUAUCUCUCUUUUACUUUUCAUUCGUAUAUACAUCCGUUCAUUCAUCGAUUCGAUUUUUUUUUAUCAUUCCAGUCAAUUAUAUUCCACACAUUAUUCUUCCCCUCUGUUUUUUAUUUCCUCGUUUUGGUGCGGACCGCAGACACUUGGCUUCGUCGUAGAGCGCUUCCAUGUUUCUUGCAAGCUCCCUUCUUUUUUCAUUUACAAACCUUCUUUGAAAACGCCGCAAGGCUACGUACAUACCACGGCAAUCUUCUUUCAUUAUUUCGACUUGCGCUUGCCAUGCGCACAGCGACCUCUUGGUCCUACUCCUCACCGCUACGUUGUUGCCUUCACGUCCGUCCGCCCGGUUUACCCAGUUCUAUCCCCCACACGCAUAAUACUCGUUGUGGUUAUGCAGGAAUACAUGCCUACGUUCUGCAUCGCGUCGUGUGGCAGCGUAUUAGCCCGUUUUUUUACGAGGAAAAGAAUGUGUGUCUAUCUGAUUGGACAUUUCUAUUUUACUUGUCUUUCUUUAUUCUCCUAGCUUGAUUAUACAUUUCACGUCCACGUAGACCAGGUUAAUAUUUAAGUAUUUCCAGCGAAGAGCUGUACAUACAGUUAAUCAUGAUAGCGCGUGGACGUUGAGCUUGGAAGAAUAAUAUUAAUGUGCGG